AUGGCUCCUAAAGAUGAUCUCAAUCUCAGCUUCUGGGAGAAGGCUGAUAUUCCUUUCGUGCACCUGUCGCUGUAUGCGAGCAUGCUCUAUGCUGCCGUCACUGGUAUUUUCCGGGGUAAAGCUAGUCCCAAGCGCUAUGAUCACCAUAUCAUAGCAUCUGUUAUCCGGAAGCUCGUUGAUCGGUCCACUGAUAAACAGAAACAAUACAUCAAUUCCUCAACUGGCGAGACCUACGCAGCCGUCAUGAAGAAGCGCGGUCUCGCGCUCGAGGUCGUCCCGCUUCCCCACGACACAGAGGGCUACUGGCUCGGUAACAAGAACGCAAAGAACGUGAUCGUCUACUAUCACGGCGGCGGUUUCGCCAUGCCCGCAUCAGCCGUGCACUUCGAGUUCUGGCUCGACAUGCUCAGCAUUCUGAACGGGACCGGCCAGGACGUAGCCGUCUUCUUCCCCCGCUACAGCCUCACUCCCCACACAAGAUACCCAACCCAACUCCGCCAAGCUGUCGAAGCCCUCCGCCACAUUAUCGUCACAACCGGCCGGUCAGCGAGCAAUGUCAUCAUCGGCGGCGAUUCCGCAGGCGGGAACCUCGCCAGCGCAACCCUUCUGCACCUCUCCCAUCCGCACCCGGAGAUCGAGCCCCUGCCGCUCGAUGCGCCGCUGGCGGGCGUCUUCGCGUACGCGCCGUGGAUCAGCUUCAGCACGCAGUGGCCGUCCAUGGAGUCUAACCGGUGGAAGGAUAUUAUCACGCCUGGAGGUUUGAUUAGGUGGGCUCAAGAGUAUGUUGAUGGGAAGGUUGCGGAUAAUUGGAAUGAGCCGUUGAAUGCGCCGGCGGAGUGGUGGGCUGGUGCGCGGACGGAGAGGAUUUUGAUUCUUGUUGGUUCGGAUGAGAUUUUGCUUUCGCCGGUUGAGGAGUUUGUGAAGAAGAUUCAGUCGGUGUUCCCGAAGAUUAGUUGUGUUGUUGGGACAGAGGAGUCGCAUGAUGCGCCGUUUUAUACUAGGGUUAAGGAGGAGAUGGAGACGACGACUGAGUUGAAACAGUGGCUCGCUGCGAGGCUGUGA